AACGUGACCAUCAAUGGCGAGGCAUGGAACUCGACGUGUUACCGCGACUGGAGCGCGUUCGAGGCGGGCGCGACAAUGGAACUGCAACUUACCGACAACGCAAACGUCACCUGCGGCGAUGGCCCACAGGCGCUGCCGCCGUCGCUCUCGACGGGCGGCUUUGACUGA